CACCACAAUCUUUCAUUACAUUUCAUGAUCAUCACAACAAAUCCUUAUCAAAUAUCCAUACCACAUAACCCCUUCUCUGUUUCAGCUUUGUUUUUGUAAAUUUAGUAACAAAGAGCUUAUACCAAAAACACCAAAUUAUCAAACAAAUGGCAACCAUGAACUCUGCUGUUUUGGCUUGUAACUAUGCCAUCUCAGGCCCCGCCUUAUCGGACCUCACCGGGAAGGCCUCUCCCGUUUCAGCAGCUCCAGCUGUAAACGGUCAGAAGCUGCCUGUGAUCAGGGCUCAGCAGCCUAAAAUCACUUCCGACUCCAAAGAGUCCGGGCGGAGGGCUGCACUUCUUUGCCUUGCAGCCACCCUUUUCACCACUGCUGCUGCCUCCAACUCUUCUUCUGCCAAUGCUGGAGUCAUUGACGAUUACCUUGAAAAGAGCAAAGCGAACAAGGAAUUGAAUGACCAGAAGAGAUUGGCAACAAGUGGUGCAAACUUUGCAAGAGCAUACACUGUGGAAUUUGGAAGUUGCAAGUUCCCUGAGAACUUCACUGGCUGUCAAGAUCUUGCAAAGCAAAAGAAAGUUCCAUUUAUCUCUGAUGAUUUGGAUUUGGAGUGCAAAGGUAAGGACAAAUACAAGUGUGGUUCUAAUGUAUUCUGGAAAUGGUGAGAAAAUGGAGGCAAACUUUUUCUCCUUUAACAAACCCCAUUUACUCUCUCCUCCAACAUGUACUUAAAUUCUUAUGAAGAAUCUUUAUAUCCUUUUGUUUUGUAA